AUGGAUGCCAGCUUUUUUGCCAGAGAGGAAGCAGCGGAAACGGGAAGGGGUGAUGGAGCAGAGCCGUGUCGGUUCACCAAACUUCUCCCACGUUGGACUAAUUCGUUAUCUUUUCGAACAAGGCAGGGGCUGAAAUGGGGACGUUUAUGUCUUAAUCAGAUCAAUGUGAAUGGAAAUAAACAAGAAAUUGAGGGUCCAAAGGGAAGAAGUGAAAAGAAAGCAAUAAUGGGGAGGCAAGGCAGAGAUGGGUGGAGAGAGGAGCACUGUCAAGUGCUGAAAAUUAGAAAAGAUAUUAGAGGCACCAAUCUACCUUUCUUUUUUCAGAAACCAACUCCACACCUUCAAGCAACUGAUUGCACUGCUCUUUCAAAGCUGUCUUCUGCUGAUGAUGCACGCUUAACCAGAAUGUGUGGACUGAAAGCAAACUAUAGCAUUACUACUCCAAAGGUUAUGUAUUACUCGGCCAGAGGACCCGACCCAGAAGACAGUUUUCUAGAUGAUGCAGACAUAAUGAAACCUAACUUGAUUGCUCCUGGAAAUAUGAUAUGGGCUGCCUGGAGUUCGCUUGGCACGGAUUCCGUUGAAUUCCAAGGUGAAAGCUUUGCAAUGAUGUCUGGAACAAGCAUGGUCGCUUCCCAUAUUGCUGGUCUCGCUGCACUGAUAAAACAAAAGUUUCCUCAUUUUAGUCCUGCAGCCAUUGCAUCUGCACUCUCUACAACAGCUACGCUUUAUGACAAUAGCGGUGGCCCCAUAAUGGCCCAGCGAGCUUAUGCUAAUCCUAAUGUAAACCAGUCUCCGGCAACACCGUUCGACAUGGGGAGUGGUUUUGUGAAUGCUACUUCAGCUCUUGAUCCUGGUCUGAUCUUAGAUUCGACUUAUGAUGAUUAUAUGUCUUUUCUUUGCGGCAUCAAUGGUUCUGGUCCAGUGGUCUUGAAUUACACCGGUCAAGACCGUUGGGCCUAUAAUUCCACGGUUGGUAGUGCUGACCUGAACCUGCCAUCCAUUACCAUUGCUAGAUUGAACCAGUCUAAAACAGUUGAAAAAACAGUGUCUAACAUUGCUGGGAAUGAAACGUACAGAAUCGGUUGGAGUGCUCCGUAUGGAGUGUCGGUGAAGGUGACUCCAGCUCAUUUCUUUAUCGGCAUGGAAGAGAAGCAGGUCUUGACAAUACUCUUUAAUGCAACAAUGAACCACUCAGCGACUAGCUUUGGGAGGACUGGACUUUUUGGUGACCAAGGUCAUAAGCUCCACAUUCCAUUAUCGGUCAUUGUAAAAUUUUCUUACGACACCACCAACAGCUGAGGGUCGAUUUUAGUGUUGGACUGGAUUGUUAGUUUUCUUCUUUUCAGCUUCUGCUGAUUUUUUUCAUUCGUUUGGCAUGUAAAUGAGUAAAAUCAAAUUGUAAUCUAGAAAUAAAAGGAUUAAAUAAUUUGUAGUGCAUCAUU